CCAGCACUGACCAAACAAACACUUUGUUGUCGUUUUUCCCUCGUCCAGACCAACCGCCCGCUGUAUUUCCCUUCGCCCCUUCAUUCACACUUCAUCUUUCGCCGCAUUCCUUCACCAUGUCCUUCCGCGUUGUUCGCCAGUCCAAGUUCCGCCACGUCUUCGGCAAGAGCGCCAAGCGUGAGGAGAGCUACGAUGGCAUCCGCAUCACCAGGAACGCCUGGGACUCCCCCUUCUGCUCCGUCAACAGCAAGUUCCUUGCCAUCGUGCUCGAGUCUGGUGGUGGUGGCGCCUUCACCGUCCUCAACCUGGAGAACACGGGUCGCAUUGGCCUGAACGCUCCCCGCGUUACCGGCCACACCUCAGCUGUCCUUGACAUCAAGUUCUGCCCCUUCAACGAGUACAUCAUCGCAUCCGCCUCUGAGGAUGCCACCGUCAAGGUGUGGGAGCUUCCCGAGGGCGGCCUCAAGCAGGACCUCGACGAGCCCGUGGUCGACCUGCGCGGCCACCAGCGCCGCGUCGGCAUGGUCGAGUGGCACCCCACGGCAGAGAACAUCCUCUUCUCCGCUGGCUUCGACUACAUGAUCUACGGCUGGAACAUUGCCACCGGCGAGCGUGUGUGCGAGAUUGACUGCCACACAGACACCAUCUACUCCAUGUCCUUCAACUGGGACGGCUCCCUCCUCGCCACCACCAGCAAGGACAAGACCCUGCGCGUCAUCGACCCCCGUGCAAACAAGGUCGUCCAGCAGGGCAAGGGCCACCAAGGCGCCAAGGCCUCCCGCGUGGUGUGGUGCGGCACCCUCAACCACCUCUUCACCACGGGCUUCAGCCGCAUGAACGAGCGCCAGUAUGGCGUCUGGAACCCGGAGGACCUGAGCGAGCCGCUCAAGAUGGAGAUGAUUGACAUCUCCUCUGGCGUGCUGUUCCCCAACUACGACGAGGACACCAAGAUUGUCUACCUUGCCGGCAAGGGCGACGGCAACAUCCGCUACUACGAGCUCACGGCGGAGCGCCCCUACUGCCACUACAUCAACGACUACAGGACCAGCACCCCGCAGCGCGGCGUGUGCCUCAUGCCCAAGCGCGCCCUGGACGUGGGCCAGUGCGAGGUGACGCGCAUCUACAAGCUCACCCCCAAGGGCGCUGUCGAGGUCAUCUCCUUCACCGUGCCGCGCAAGUCCACGCUGUUCCAGGAGGACAUCUUCCCGCCCACGAAGAAGGACGAGGCCGUGCUCUCUGCGGAGGAGUGGCUCGCUGGCGAGAACAGGGAGCCAAACCGCAUCUCCCUCAAGGACGGAUACGUGCCCCCACCACAGGCAAAGCUCGAGGUGAAGGCUGCUGCGAAGAAGGCUGCCGAGGCCGCAAACGAGGAGGACGCGCCUCCCAAGGGCGAGAAGGAGCUGCUCAAGGCGUGGCACGCGCAGCGCGACGAGAUCAAGCAGCUGCAGGCCCAGCUCGCCUCGGCAAACAUCAAGAUCCGCACCCUCGAGACAAAGCUCGGCUAAGCACCAGCACCCGUGCGCAGCCUCAUGUGCUGUGCCUCCCGCGCCGGUGAUGUUGCUGUUGGUGACGAGCAGGGCAUGACAAUUAGCAGCAGGUGUUUUGUUGCUUUGAUGUUACCCCUAUGGUCUCCUCACAUGCAUCUCCCCCUUUUAUCCGAUACACAUACAACCCCACAUACACAUCCAUUCUCCUACAACAAUCGGGGGUUAGACCUCGCCAAAUUCGAACAACCACACUUCUCUCUCUUCUUGCUUCCUGACAACAGCGACAUGUCCGUCUUCUCAUGUGACACAUGCGUGUGCAUGUGCAUCGUUUGUUCUGUGGGAUAUUUGUUGAGUGCGCUGUGUGUCUGUGUUUCCUUCCCCCCUCCCUCUUUUUUGUGUCCUUGUGCUAUUGUUUUGAUCUUCCCUCUUGCCCUCUCUUUCCCUCUCUUUCCCAAUUGUUUCAGUGUGUUUGCCUGUUUAGAAGAAGCAGAACAGCGUGUUGGGUGUGGCGACGGCCAGGCCUUGUGUGGCGAGUGCGGGUUGUGCGCGUCUGUGUGGCCUGCCCAUGUCGCCCCGCCUGCCCUCGUGUGCCUCCCAGCAUCGGGUUGAAGCCAACAUCACAAUAAAGAAUGAACGACAAACCAGCA